UGUAGAACAGUUUUUGGAUUUAUAGCACGUCAUGUCAAGGAGGCAGGUGGGAUCCACGCGCCGGAACGGCAACUUUCCGUUUGCCGCAGCCUUCAAUCCGAAAUCCAAGUCGUCUCCACUGUUAUCCGUAGGACUUGUAGUUGUGGGAGCUAUUCUUCUAAACGGCUAUGUUUAUAAAGGCUCAGGUGCAUUUGGGGAUAGCAAAAUAGUUAGCAGAGUUGAAGGGGACUUCUCAUGCACGUUGGAAGUACAGAGAGUGAUACCUUUUCUGCAGAAAGCGUAUAGUGGCAGCAUGCACAAAGUUCUGCACAUUGGCCCUGAUACUUGCUCAGUUGUAUCUGCAUUGUUAAAAAAAACGGAAACUGAAGCAUGGGGUGUGGAGCCAUAUGAGAUAGAGGAUGCUGAUAGCCAUUGCAAGAGUCUUAUGCGCAAAGGCAUUGUGCGUGUGGCUGACAUUAAGUUCCCUCUACCAUACAAGGCCAAGUCUUUCUCUCUUGUGAUUGUUUCAGAUGCUUUGGAUUACCUCUCCGCAAAAUAUUUGAAUAAGACUCUUCCGGAAAUUGCAAGGGUGUCUAUUGAUGGUCUUGUUAUUUUUUCAGGUUUCCCUGGUCAACAAAAAGCUAAAGCUUCUGAGCUAUCAAAAUUUGGACGUCCUGCCAAAAUGAGGAGUGCUUCUUGGUGGGUACGCUAUUUUGUGCAGACCAGCUUAGAAGAGAAUGAAGCUGCGACCAAAAAGUUUGAGCAGGCAACAACACAGGGGUCAUACCAGCCGAGCUGUCAAGUGUUUCACCUUAACUCAUAUCACUAAUAUAAACAUCACAACACAUUGAUUCAUAAAAUUUUGGUACCGCAACAAGGCUGCCAAAGAAGAUAAUUUAUUAGCUGUCAUAUGAAUUUAGCUGUCUUCUGGGUUAUUUGAGGUAUAAGAUAUAUGAACGGAUGUCAAUUUCUGUUCUGAACAGUCACCAUUGGCGGACAUAGUUGAUGGUAUAUAGGGCAAGUUGUAUGCUGAUUCAAUUGAAUUUAUACUGUUUGAUAUAGUUAUUAUUCAUGAAUUUGGUUUUCUGCAA